AUGCGAACUGUGGUAGCAAGUGGAAAUGACGCACUUAAUAUCCUCUUUGAGGCGGCAACUGCUCAGGAUGGUGCCUCUCCGACGGAUGAAAGUCCUCUGACGGAAGCAGGACCCCGGUCGGGCGACAUGAAUGUUAAAGACCGUGUUACCCCCAGAACUUUGGAAAGCCCGGCGGCUUUUGAAUCUGUCCCAAGGGCUAUUCGCCCAAUUGAAAUGUCCAACCCUCUGCAAGCUACUUUGAAUGUCUGGGAUGCAUGUCGGUUUGUCAAAAUGGGAUGGUUCACAGCCAGAGAGGCUGUCACGUUCGUUGACUUAGGAUGGGGAUUCGCCGGGGACGAGAAGCAAUGGAAAGAGCAAAUGACGCUUCGCAGGCAACGAGUACAGCGUUUGCUAUACGUUUACGUCAACCAGCUUGCAUGGCGCAUUGGUUGCAUGUCACCGAUUCCUCAAUCGCUGAACCAUGCCGUACUUGGCGGGCGGAAACCUCGCGGACUAAGCCAACCAGGGAGCACCUGGCUAAUAUUUAUGGAUUCGUGGAUCGAAUUGACCAAAUUGGCCCAAUCAGUCACUGAUAUGUUCUUCCCCUCUGCCAAGUUCGCUCGUCAACAGCUGCAUAGUGGCCGUUACAUUGGACUGCUUGAUCAUUUCCGGCCACUGCUCAAUCAAUGGAAGGACAGGUAUUUGCAGCCGCACGUCCUCGAUCCCCUCUUCUAUAAUGAUCUGUUUAUCGAAUAUCACUUCGUUCGUGUGUAUACCCACUCUGUGGGAAUGCAAGCUGUGGUCGAGCGUGCGAUUGCAGAUGCUGAUCCCAACAACUUGGAUGAGAUGCGGCCAACAACGAUCGACACCACCGACUACGAAUACAUUCAAGAAGUAAUUGACGGCUGUUGUCAGAUUCUGCGAAAGGUUACUCAUCUUGCAGAAGGGGGCGCCCUGCGAUUCUCGCCUGUCCGUAUAGUGCUUCGCAUUACCAGUGCUUCGAUCUUUUUAAUGAAGGCGCUGAGUUUGGGCACGCGACAAUCUACUCUCCGUGAAUCGCUUGAAGUGCUAGAGAAAAGCAUUGCUGCACUUAAGUCCAAUGCAUUGGAUGAUGUCCAUCUCAGCACUCGCUACGCUACGCUCUUGGACAUGCACGUCUCGCGUCUGCGACGCAAUCUGCUGGCGUCUUGCAAGAAUGUCAAGAACAGUCAAGGAGCCACACGACGGUCAUCUAUGGGACCGCCAGCUUGGCCGGAGAACGGUGAUCGCUCAAAUCAUAUUAACACCCCUGUGUCUCAGGAUUUAACAUCCGAGCUGAGCUUUAUCCCAACCUUCAACGACAUGGGCGACGACUGGCUUUCUUUACCCUUUGAUCCUUCUAUGGCACCGUUCGGUAUGAAUAACGGAGGUCAAUUCCCGAUGUAUGAGGGAGGCGCACUUGAUUUUAUCUGGAAUUUGCCGUCAUAG